AUUGUAUUCCAGAAACAAAAGGCGAAAAGUGUGACGAGAAAUUAUUUUAAAAAAUAAUUGCAUUAUUACUAAAUAAAAAAUGUCAACCCUCGCUGCACCUUUGCAUGUUGCCGGCACCAGAUCAUCUGGUGCACCAGUCAGGACACAAAAUGUAAUGGCUGCAGCUGCAAUAGCCAAUAUUGUGAAAAGUUCUCUCGGGCCUGUGGGACUUGACAAAAUGCUGGUAGAUGACAUUGGCGAUGUUACAGUAACCAAUGAUGGUGCUACUAUUUUAAAAAUGUUAGAAGUAGAGCAUCCCGCGGCCAAAGUCCUGGUGGAACUGGCGCAGCUUCAAGAUGAGGAGGUGGGAGAUGGCACAACUUCUGUUGUUAUCAUCGCAGCCGAAUUACUAAAGAAUGCAGAUGAACUAGUAAAAAAUAAGAUCCAUCCCACGAGUAUCAUCUCGGGGUACAGACUGGCGUGCAAAGAAGCUGUUAAAUAUGUACAAGAUAACCUCACAGUGUCAGUGGAAUCUCUCGGCAGACCGUCCAUCAUCAACGCAGCUAAAACCACAAUGUCCUCGAAACUUAUAGGAGCUGAUUCAGACUUCUUCUCCGAGAUGAUAGUAGAUGCAGCUCAGGCCAUUAAAACUAUGGACCCGCGAGGGAACACCAUCUACCCGAUCAAAGCCGUGAAUAUAUUGAAGGCGCACGGGCGCAGCGCCCGCGAGAGUAUCCUCGUGAAAGGGUACGCGUUAAACUGCACCGUUGCAUCGCAGGCCAUGCCCAAAAAGAUUGUGAAUGCGAAGAUCGCCUGCCUAGAUUUCUCACUGCAAAAGACUAAAAUGAAGAUGGGUGUGCAGGUGCUGGUCACCGACCCCGAAAAACUGGAGGCCAUCCGCGCCCGCGAGCUGGACAUCACCAAGGAGCGUCUGCAGAAGAUCCUCGCGACCGGAGUGAACGUGGUGCUCUGCUCGGGGGGCAUCGACGACCUCUGCCUCAAGUACUUCGUGGAGGCGGGCGCGAUGGGCGUGCGCAGGUGCAAGAAGGCAGACCUCAAGAGGAUCGCCAAGGCGACCGGAGCGGCCUUCUUGACCUCGCUCACUAAUAUGGACGGCGAAGAAGUGUUCGAACCUAGCAUGUUCGGAGAAGCCGCCGAAGUCGUACAAGAACAGAUUUGCGAUGACCAACUGAUCUUGAUCAAGGGGCCCGUGGCCCGCACGGCGGCGUCGCUGAUCCUGCGCGGGCCCACGGACGCGUACUGCGACGAGAUGGAGCGCUCCGCCCACGACGCGCUGUGCGCCGUGCGCCGCGUGCUCGAGUCGGGCCGCCUGGCGCCCGGCGGCGGCUGCGUCGAGGCCGCGCUCUCCAUAUACCUGGAGAACUUCGCCACCACGCUGAGUUCCCGCGAGCAGUUGGCGAUAGCCGCAUUCGCUCAGUCGCUGUUGGUGAUACCGAAGACUCUGGCGGUGAACGCGGCCCGAGACGCCACCGACCUGGUCGCCAAACUGCGGGCGUACCACAACUCCUCGCAGACCAAGGUGGAGCACGCCAACCUGAAGUGGGUGGGCCUGGACCUGAACGAGGGCACGUUACGCGACAACCUUGCGGCCGGCGUCCUGGAGCCCGCCAUAUCCAAGGUCAAGUCGUUGAAGUUCGCGACGGAGGCCGCCAUCACCAUCCUGCGCAUCGACGACCUGAUCAAGCUCGACCCGGAGCAACGCGGCAAGUCCUACGAGGACGCCUGCCACGCCGGCGAGCUGGACUAAAUGUAGCAUCACUGCAACUUGCGGCUCGCUGCUUCCAAUUUCCUGCAGAGGAUAUAUUGUAUUAGAAGCUUUUUUGUUUAACGAACUGUCCGUUUCUGAAACUUGUGUUUGUGAAUAUCACUUUACUGUGAAAACGUGAAAUUAGUGUAACUUUACCGAUCAGGUUUUCAGAGUUAUUUUUUAUACACUGAUAGAUUUAAAUAUCACAAUGGUGACGCUGGUGUGUCAACGGAAAUUGAAUAAGUGAAAUAAAGUAUUAUCAUUUUUAUAAGUGUCAUCGGCAUAGUUUGCGCAGUAGAGAUCCAAUUGAAGUCGAUGGAUCAUGAGUACCGGCGCCCUCAAAAUGUAGAUUUUAAUUCGUUACGUUAAGGUUUAACGUCGUGUCGUACAUAUAAUUGUUGGUCCUUUCAAAAAUGAAACUGCAUAAGUACGUCGAUGUAACUUUUAAACAUGGUUAUAUUGUAUUCUUAUUCAGACUUGACAAGUUUAAAAAUAGUAUAAUACGAAUAUGUGCCUCGACAAAUAUGGAAAUAUGUUCAUUAUCUUUCACAGAUAGUAAGGAACACACAUAGUAUGGUUUUUAAUGAUAUAUAUAUAGGCUUUUAUUACAAUAGUGUAUUUUCAUAAAGAUGGUGAGAAUUCCGUAUGAUUAGUAUUUAUAAAUGAGAUGACUGUGGAGUGCUUGAUGUGCCUGAAUGCUUGUUGCAUACCCCUCGUUCAUUUAUCAUAUUAAUUAUACUAUGAAUCAUAUUGCAGCAGCCAUAUGUGUAUUUUAUUUGUGUUUCUAAAUGACAAUGAAAUACCUACAUUAAACAUGAGGGAAGAUGUUUCCCACACAUGAAAGUUUUUAAUUUUAAUAAUAUAGUCACAAGUUUAGUGUGUGGUUGCUGGUAAAAUAUAAUUUAACUCUGCUUUUAUUUAACAUUCUACACAAAGUUGUUAAAACGCUAGAUUUCUUACAAUCACUUAUAUUAAAAAAUAAAUUUAAUUGUAAUUAU